GCGCCGAGCUUCGCUUCUUCUUCCCUGAUCUAACCAUUUCAACUCCAUCGCGGGAAUCUCUGAGCUCUCUCUCGCUCUCUUUCUGUUUCUCUCUAUCAGACAUAACCACCGGAAACAAUGGCGUCGUCGACGGCUAGGAUUACGUUUCGCGUUAUCAUGGUGGUGUUCCUCCUCCUCGUCUUUUUCUAUGUCGGUCGUCCUCUGUACUGGAAGAUUUCCGCCACUGUACAUGAUAUUCGUCAGAACAAACAGACCGUCAAAGAAGGCCUCUCUCAGAUCGUUCUGGAAGCUCAGAAAUCGGUGGGAUGGUAUCACGACGAGUCGGACUCGGGCGUCCAUGACGGAAAUGAUGGGAAAAAGGCCGGAUCGGUUGCUAUUCGGAGGCUUCUUCAUCAGGUUUUGUGAAAAUCUUAGUUAUUUGAAUUGUGAUUAGUCCUGGAGAAUUGAAUGUUUUCAUAUGCAUUAGUAAAGUUCUAUCAGUGGAUCUGGAUUUUUUUUUGCCACCAAUAACGUGUUAUAAUGACUGAAUUAGCACCUACUGAAUCUUUUUAGUUAAAAGAAGGCAAAGAAAGGUAAAGGAAUCGUAAUGCUUCAGCGUUCAGCCUU